AUGCUUUCUUCAUAUCUUAAUUAUGCCAUUUGGUCACUUCUCUCCUCAGUAACGCUGGCAACCAGCACUCACGACCAUGACCGCAUUGAAAACUGCUAUCAACGUCAUAGCUCAUCAAAUCACUCAACCAAGCCGAGCAAAAACAUUUACGAGACCUCAUUCCCCGGCGUAACAUGGGACAACGAUAAUUGGCUCCUCAGCACAACCAAUCUCGACCAAGGCCACUACCAAUCUCGCGGAUCCGUAGCAAACGGCUAUCUCGGCAUCAACGUCGCUGCCGUCGGCCCGUUCUUCGAGAUUGACCUUGACGAAAAAGGUGGCGUCAUCAAUGGCUGGCCGCUCUUCUCAAGGCGUCAGACCUUCGCUACCAUCGCUGGCUUUUACGAUGCACAGCCCAACACGAAUGGAACGAAUUUUCCGUGGCUUUUGCAGUAUGGCUAUGAGAGUGUGAUUAGUGGUAUUCCGCACUGGAGUGGACUUAUUCUUGAUUUGGGCGAUGAUGUUUAUCUUGAUGCGACGGUGGAUAACCGGACUGUUCAUAACUUUACCUCGACUUAUGACUUCAAGGCUGGUGUUUUGGAGUGGUCGUAUACUUGGAAGCCAAAAGGGAAAGGGUCGUAUGAGAUCAAGUACCGCCUUUUUGCGCACAAACUCCACGUCAACCAGGCUAUCGUGGAUCUAACAGUCGUCCCAUCCGUCGACUCCGAAGCGACAAUUGUCAACGUAAUUGAUGGAUACUCGGCUGUGCGUUCAGACUUUGUCAAGUCAGGCGAGGAUGACGACGGCGCCGUAUUCUCAGCUGUUCGACCCGUUGGAAUCCCCAAUGUGACCGCCUACAUCUACGCACAAGUCAAUGGUUCCAAAUCUCUCGACCUGUCCAAGCGCCAAUUGGUCCAUGGAAAGCCGUAUGUGCAUACCAACGAAUCAUCUAUCGCGCAAGCCAUCCCUGUCAAGUUCUCCACUGGUGUCCCCGUUCGGAUCACCAAAUACGUGGGAGCUGCUUCCUCCGACGCCUUCGAUGACCCUGGAAAGAUUGCGAAGGAGGCUUCACGCCGAGCGAUGGAGGAAGGAUACGAAAAGUCUCUUUUGUCGCAUGUAAGGGAAUGGGAGAGUGUCAUGCCGAGUGACUCUGUGGAUAGCUAUGCCUCUCCCGAGAACAACACGCUCCCUGAGGAUGAGUACAUCAUCGACUCUUCUAUCAUCGCAGUCACAAACACAUACUACCUCCUCCAAAACACAGUCGGCAAAAAUGCACAAAAAAAAGUAUCAGGAGCCCCCGUCAACGUCGACAGUAUCUCUGUCGGCGGGCUUACAUCCGACUCCUACGCCGGCCUAAUCUUCUGGGACGCAGACCUCUUCAUGCAACCCGGUCUCACAACAUCACACCCCGAAGCUGCUCAGCGUAUAACCAACUACCGCGUUGCUAAGUAUGACCAAGCUAAGAAGAACAUCGCGACUUCAUAUGCUGGGUCUCAAAACAAGACCAAGUUCUCUGACUCGGCAGCUGUGUACCCGUGGACUAGCGGCCGGUUUGGGAAUUGCACUGCGACUGGUCCUUGUUGGGAUUAUGAGUACCAUUUAAACGGCGAUAUUGGGAUCUCUUUGGUGAAUCAGUGGGUUACGAGUGGUGAUACCGACUUCUUCAAGGAGACACUGCUGCCGAUCUAUGACUCGGUUGCGAACCUCUUUGCGGAUUUGUUAAAGCCGAAUGGAUCAUCGUGGACUAUCACGAACAUGACUGACCCCGACGAGUAUGCGAACCAUAUCGACGCUGGUGGUUUCACUAUGGCCCUUGCUUCUGAGACCUUAAUCCAAGCCAACAAGAUCCGCCGACAAUUUGGAAUGACGGAGAACAAGACACAGGACGAAAUAGCCUCUGAUGUGCUCUUCAUCAGAGAAAACGGUAUAACCUUGGAGUUUACGACCAUGAAUGGCAGCGCCAUCGUGAAGCAGGCUGAUGUGGUGCUCAUGAGCUUUCCGUUGGGUUACAACGAUAACUACACUGACCAGAACGGACUGGAUGACCUCGACUAUUACUCCUACAAGCCCUAUACACGACCCCCGUUCUAUCAGCUUUCUGAACAGUUGGUCGACAAUGCGACCACAAAUGGUGGCACGCAUCCGGCAUAUCCCUUCCUCACUGGCCAUGGAGGCGCUAACCAAGUGACUAUCUUUGGAUACCUUGGCCUACGACUCAUUCCUGAUCAAGGUCUCCACGUAAAUCCGAACUUGCCUCCUCAGAUUCCGUAUCUGAAGUAUCGAACGUUUUAUUGGAGGGGCUGGCCUAUCUCUGCUUGGUCAAAUUACACGCAUACUGUUAUUUCUCGACAUGCGACGACCAAGCCUCUUGAUGUUGCAGAUACUCGGUACGCCAACAAGAGCAUUGCGGUCUAUUCUGGAAAGCAAGGGGAAUCUGCACUUCAUCAUUUAUCCUUCGAUGAGCCUGUUGUUAUCAGGAACCGACAGAUAGGCAGCAUCGACACAGUGCAUGGCAACCUCGCUCAGUGCCGACCAGUCAAGUCUUCUAACUCGUACGAGCCAGGACAGUUCCCUCUCGGGGCUGUUGACGGAGCUACUUCGACAAAGUGGCAGCCCUCCAAGGCCGCUGAGAUCAGCUCACUGACAGUUUCCCUUGCGAAAGAGGAUUUUGAUUCUAAAGUCAAAGGCUUCUACUUCGAUUGGGCCGAUGCGCCACCAGUCAACGUCACAGUUCUGUUCCACAACAAGACCAUUGAUGAUCCGGCCAAGGUCUAUGGGACAUCAAGCCACGACUCGGGAUAUGACAUGGUUGUGUCCAUAAAGAAAGUCAAACUCUCGGAUGCGUACAACGCAAAGACGGAUAAUCUAGAUGCAGUCGUCAUGCCCACAGGGAACACUACCAACGUCACUCUCCCAGAGCCUGUUCCCUUGUCUCGAUACGCCACGUUGUUGAUAGCGGGGAACCAGGCUUUGGAUGCGGUUGAUGUCAAAGCUGGGAACGGUACGGGCGCUACGGUCGCCGAGUGGGCAAUCCUUCACUAA